AUGGUGGUCAUCCACGUCUCCUCGCCCAGACAAGCUUCCGAAACCAAGCAUUUGAGGCUGCUAGCGCUGCAUGGGCACGGCGGCAGACACCGCCAGUUCUGUGAAUCGAUUGAAGAAUUCUUGCAAAGCAUACUGGCCAGCCACGUGCAAGAGCCAAGCUUGGCCAUUGAGUGCCGAUGCAUUGCCGCACCAUAUCCGGAACCGCGUGCUGAAAGGCGCAUGUGGUGGAGGUACGAUGAGGGUGGCAGCGGCGACCGACCGGUAGACUGGGCCGAAAUGGAGAAGUCGCUUACAAAGAUUGCAGAAGAGCUGGAGGGCGCAUGCCCUGCCUAUGAUGGCGUCGUGGGAUUUUCCCAGGGUGCGGAGAUGGUGCACUCGAUCGCUUUGCUGCAUCACCGGGGUGAUCCUCGUUUUCUUGGGGCGUUCAUGCCACGUUUCGUGGUGAGCUUCAGUGGCGCCGUGAACCCGGGCAUCGUUUGCCAAAGCUGCCUGACAGAAGUGCCGCGCAAGAGGAUGCAGAGACGCAGCCUGGUGUCUCGUGGCAUGGCCGUGCUGGGCAGCGGGGGCAGCUGCACACGAGAAGCACACCUCCGGGACAACUCGGUUGUCAGUCCAGAUGGUAUCGGCAAAGGGCUCAGAGACAUUGCACGAGACCAUGCAGAUCCCACGACAAAAUCGUCGCAGAAUGUUUUGAAGUACCAUGUGGAUUUCCAUUCUGAUGUUCCUGGCGAAACCGCAGAACUUUGGGUUGGCACUCCGUAUGCGGCGUGGAUCGAGAGGGAUGUGCGCCGGCGGCACGCGAAGGAACACAUGGCUAAGAUCAACGAGCUGGAGAAUCUAGCUGUUUGCCGCAUUUCGAGUGUGUCACCUUUCAGAGCUGCUUACAGUUUGGUUUACAGAGUGCAGGAAGCCAGAGAGGAACUGAAGAAAGUCCCAGAGUUGCAGGCAGCUCUGUCUGAGAGCAGACAGACUCUCAUAAAGUAUGUGGAAAAAGGUAUGGCUGCCAGUAGCCUUGGUAAUCUUUUUGCCGUGUGCCGCAACGUCCUCCACCAGUGGCGAAGAGACUUGGCCCAUCUAUUCGGCAGUAGGACACACAACUGCCCCUUGCCAUCACUUGGCACUCGCAACGCGGAUCCUGGGGAUGGCUCAUUCUCUCAGGUGAACACCAUCGACCGCUUGCGCAGACGCACUCCUGACGUGGGGCGCUGCCACUUCGAGCUGCUACAGCUCCAUGAGCAGGGCCUCGAGCAUCUCAAGGCAGUGCAGGUUGACAUGUUGAACUCCGUCGCGCGUUUCAUGGACAAAGAUGCCAUGAUUAUUCCAGAUCGCGACGACGCAGAUGAGGAGUGGUUCGAUGCAUGGAGUGUGGAGCAUCCCAUCGCCAAAGUUGCGUGUGAGGCCAGCAACUGCGAGAUGAGAAGGAAGCUCAAGGAGAUCUGCCUCGAAGACGGGCAGUGCGUGCGAUGUGCUGCGGGCAUGAGUGGCUCAACUUGCGACGACACGCUUGGGUCAACUCUCGACAAUUGCGUGACCCAGCAGCCGACCCAAGCCACGGAUUCCUGGUUCGAUUCGGUGCCCGACUGGACGAGACAGGCUGAGAGUGUGAGCAUCGGCGACACCUUGGACUCCAAGUGCUUGGAGGUCGAGUCAUUCUCCAUGAACAGGAAUCUUGUUGAGCAUGGGCUGCCCCUCAUGCUUCGGGUUGGCGAAGUCGGCAACAGAUUCUCCGAGUACUUCGUGUGCGUGCACAAAGGCGGCGAUAAUUUUAGCUUGUUGGACAGGAGGAUCAGCCGAGAGAAGCACAACUUCCACUAUGCUUGGGAGGACGUGAGCAUCUAUCACUAUGUUCAGCCCGUCCUACCGGAGGCUGGUGACUGCAGCCCGGAAGUUGCGGCUGAGCGCCCAGCGCAGGCUCUGAAGAGCUACUAUACUGACGAGGUGGUCCGCUGCACUUUCCACGCCAAGUGCAAUCCGCGGCAGAUUGACCUCAUGUUCAAAACCAAACAGGCAUUGCAGUGCUGGGUGAACCUCCUGCAGUCCAAGCUUCUCGUGAAGAUAUCGCAGGUCGUUCAUCCCUCUUUGUCGCCCUGCGGUGUGGAGGCCACAUUGCUAACUCCCUCAACCAGCUCCUUGCCACUGCCGCAUGCGCACUGGGUUCCUAUGGACCUGGAUAGCCCGCAGGCCGAGACCGUUUGGGAGCCAUCACCCUCGCCAACUACUGCAACCUCACCACAGAACGACGCGCAGGGUGGCGGUCCUCAGGAUCCGGUCUCAGAGGAUGCCGAUGAGGCUCGACAGGAGGAAUCUGAGACCUCACGGGCAUCGAGCGCGAGGCGGAGUGUCGCCCGCUCUGGCUCCUUGCACUCCUCCGAGCGACCUCCGGACUGGGCCACCAUGAGCGAGAGAUCUCUCAACAGUUUCUAUGCGGUUUGA